CACAAAAAAAUUAUUUAUGUUGGAAGCUUCUUGCAGGUAGAGAGGAAGCUGCUUCAGUUUUUUUAUCAUUAAUUACAAAGAAUCAUUAUAAGUAGCAGUCAAUCAGUCACUGCUAUUCCAUCGGUUCAUGAUCAUAGUAGUGAUCUAUAAUUCGUUUACGGUUUAAAGUGAUGAGGAAUGCAAGUUGUGAGAUGAAUAAAGGCUUAAAGAAAGGUUCAUGGAGCCUUGAAGAAGAUCAUAAAUUGAUUUCUUAUAUUAACAGAUACGGCAUCUGGAACUGGUCUCAGAUGCCCAAGUUUGCAGGCUUAUCGAGAAGUGGGAAGAGUUGUAGGCUUCGAUGGACUAAUUAUCUUAAGCCUAACGUAAAGAGAGGGAACUUCUCCAAGGAAGAGGAUGAAACCAUACUCCAUUCUCAUUCCAUUCUCGGCAAUAGGUGGUCUGCAAUUGCAUCAAGACUUCCUGGGAGGACAGAUAAUGAAAUAAAGAAUCACUGGCAUACCCGUCUGAAGAAACGUGGGACUUACAACCUGGUGCAUGAAACAACAAAGCCAAAUAGAACCAGCAUAUCAUCGGAUUUUGAAGUCAAUAACGUUCAGAACAUACAACAACGGGUUAAUCAUGUGAAUGGUAUCAUUCCAUCCCAGUCCUCAUGGACUUAUGAAGAUGAUGGCUCUUCGUCUAACAGCAGUAGUACUUUCAUAGAUCAAGAAGUUGACUUUAAAGCUGAUUAUUACGAUAUUGGAUCACCAGGAAAUACUGUUGAUGAUCUCCACUGUUUUUGGAAACAACUUUGCCCAAUCGAAAAGUUGGAGCUUGGAAACACAUGGGGACUUGAUUCUGAAUCCAUUUUCCAAGAACCAUAUCACGAUCUAAUCUGUCYGAACUCUGAACAGCUUCUAUAACCAUGGCUUUGGCAUCUACAGCAUUUAACUUGAAUGGCAUCCAAUAUCUCCUGUAGAUAGUAGUAUGUUAGGUUGCUAGUUUAUAUAUGAAAUUUCAACCUACAGCAUCAAUCAAGAUCUUAUAGGUGUGGGAUGCACAAGUUCGUUCUUUCGGAUGAGAUGUUAAUGUAAUUAAAGAGAAUGUUUAUGGAAAAAAACAAGUCGGUCACAAUGUCUUGGCAAAACAACUCCUUUGGCUGUUUUAAGUCGCAAUGAAAUAUUUAAAUUGGUC